AUGCGCAACGGUGUAGCCAUUGCUAUCGUCGAGGUCAAGCUGUACACCAAUCUAACGACAUCUGGCAAAGGUGCGGUGUCUCAGACCAAUGACCGUGACCACCCAACAUCAGAAAAGGUUGGAAUGGAACUUGAUUCAAGGCCGCAAGGUGAUACAGCUGGGAAUGGAGGGGCCCAGAGCGACUCAAAUCACAGCGACCAGUCCCAGGCCGAUAGGAAGGAGGCUGACAACGAGGACGAGCUGGAUGAGGAAAUUUCUGUGCAUCUGUCGCUAAAGUUGGAGCGUCUGUUGAUGGCGUGCAGGCAGGAGGGGGGCUUGAAGCUCAUCCUGGCCAGUAGGACAGGAAAAGAUGGUAAAGUCCGGCCCGCCUUGCGCAUUGUGGAACAAGACGGGACUAUCGUGCCGGAAAUGAUGUACUGGGCAAUGGAAUUGUCCGAGCUCUGGGAACAACUUGACCGCUACAACCUCGACCUCGUCGUACUCACCUCCUACGAAGUUUGGAUCCCUUUCGAGCGUGAUCCCGAAAUCAAGAACCUGCUUCGUAUGGGUGACCCAAUAUAUAGGACUGCGCCCGAAACUGCGCCCGAGCCCGGCAAGAUGUCGCCUAUGGAGCUUGCGGUGGCUUCCGUGAUUGAGAGGGAACGCGCACCCCCACUCGGCUAUACAUUCCCACCUCUACCUGUCUGCUGGCCUUUGUCCAAAGCUUUGGGGAAUGAUUCAACGCAGAAUGAGCAGAACGAGAGCGGGGCAGGGGCUUCGAGAUUGAGGGGCACGAGUAGUGUUCCUACAAAGCGUGGAUACGACAAAGUUGAUGGCACUGGCGGCGCUGGAAGUGACAAUGCUAUUGCUGGAGACGCUAACAUCUCGAGGGAUCAACUUGGUCCCGUCACUCUGCAGGUUUCUGUGCCCAACCAUCGCUCCCCUGACGCUCUUCACGUCUUCAAGCAAGGCAACUUGAAUGAUGGCUACAUCACCGGUCGCCUUUCGCCCUCCGUCAUUGCAUCCUUGGCCGACGACGACAGCAUCCACUCGGGACUGCCUACUUCCGAGCUUAAGGCCGACCUCGCCCUUGGCAGCUAUAUCAGCUCUGGGCGCCUGUGGGACGUUUACCACGCCAUCCUCACCGUCGAAGGACGUGUGAGCAAGAAGCUCGUCGCCAAGGUCAUGUGCCCGGAUACUUAUGAUGAUGGAGAUGAGUAUUACAAAGGGUACUUCGAAGACUCCGAAGAGGCAGUGGAUGCCUAUCGUCUCGAGGCGGCGCUGUACAGUGGCCCUCUUGCAAGCGUACAAGGAGGGGCUGUCCCCGCAGUGUACGGCUCGUUCAGUGGUGCAAUGUGUCUCGGGAUUGUCUCUGGGGGUUACCCAUUGCAUAUCGAAUUGAUGGAGGAUGUCGGGGGGCCAGCCGCCGGAGAGGGUGAGCUGCGGGAUCUGCCUGUGCAGGAUAGACAGGCUAUCCGAGACCUCUACCAUCAAAUUCAUGCGGUGCGCGUUCUUCACCGUGACAUAGAGCCACGCCACAUUCUCCGACGCGCCGACGGCCGCUUUGCUCUCAUCGACUUUGACUCUUCUCGCUCGGUGGAGGAUGGUCCCGAGGGCGACCGAAGGCUUGCGUCUGAGAAGCGCGGAGUAGCGGCUAUGCUUGGGUUGAAAAAGCGUGCUGCGGGAGAGGCAUAA